GUGUGUGUUUGUCCAUGAGGUGGGGGGACGCCUGCUAUUCUUGCGGUCUGUGACAGAGCGAUCCGAGCGAAGCGCUGCAAUGGCUGGAGUGUUUGACAUUGACUUGGACCAGCCGGAGGAAAAUGUCUCCGACGAUGAGAACGAGGAGGCUCAACUCAACGAUAUCAUGGACCAGUGUAGUGGAUUUGAGUUCAACAUGGACGACUGUGAGAAGAUCGAGAUAUCAGAGGACAACGUCAAUCAGGGCACGGAGAACAUCAGACCAGAGUGCUUCGAGCUGCUGCGGGUCCUGGGGAAAGGCGGUUAUGGAAAGGUUUUUCAAGUCAGAAAAGUUGUUGGAGCUGCAGCAGGAAAAAUAUUUGCCAUGAAAGUUUUAAAAAAGGCUAUGAUUGUACGCAACGCCAAGGACACGGCCCAUACCAAGGCAGAGAGGAACAUCCUGGAAGAGGUGAAGCAUCCCUUUAUUGUUGAUCUCAUCUACGCCUUCCAGACAGGAGGAAAGCUGUAUCUCAUCCUGGAGUACCUGAGCGGAGGAGAACUGUUCAUGCAGCUGGAGAGGGAGGGCAUCUUCAUGGAGGACACAGCCUGUUUCUACCUGGCGGAGAUCUCCAUGGCUCUGGGCCAUCUGCACCAGAAGGGCAUCAUCUACAGAGACCUAAAGCCUGAGAACAUCAUGCUCAACAGCCAAGGCCACGUGAAGUUGACGGACUUCGGGCUGUGCAAAGAGUCAAUCCACGACGGCACAGUCACCCACACGUUCUGCGGUACCAUCGAAUACAUGGCCCCGGAGAUCUUGAUGAGAAGCGGCCACAACAGAGCAGUGGACUGGUGGAGUCUGGGCGCUCUGAUGUACGACAUGCUCACAGGAGCGCCACCGUUCACCGGUGAAAACCGCAAAAAGACCAUCGACAAGAUCCUGAAGUGCAAGCUCAGCCUGCCACCCUACCUCACACAAGAAGCUAGAGACCUCCUGAAACGGCUGCUGAAGAGAAACGCCUCGUCACGACUGGGAGCGGGAGCAGGAGACGCCACAGAGGUGCAGGCUCAUCCCUUCUUUCGACACAUCAACUGGGAGGAUCUUCUGGCUCGGAAAGUGGAGCCUCCCUUCAAACCUUUCUUGCAAUCAGCUGAAGACGUGAGUCAGUUUGACUCGAAGUUCACCAGUCAGACACCCGUCGACAGCCCGGAUGACUCAACUCUCAGCGAGAGUGCCAAUCAAGCCUUCCUGGGUUUCACGUACGUCGCUCCGUCAGUCCUGGAAAACAUCAAAGAAAAGUUCUCGUUCGAGCCAAAAAUCCGCUCGCCUCGCCGGAUCGUGGGCAGCCCAAGAACACCUCUCAGCCCAGUCAAGUUCUCAGGGGGGGACUGCUGGGCCCGGAGCCCCCUCCUCCCUGGCGGAGGACCAAGUGUCCUCCAGUCACCUCAGGACCAGGCCAUGGAGCUGUCCACCCCAGAGCAGAUGGACGUCACAACGAGCUCCGAGGCCUCGGCCCCUCUCCCCAUCCGUCAGCCCGCCGGGGUCAACCUGGCUCAGAUGAAGCAGCAAGCCUACCCUGUCGUCGCCAAGCGGCCCGAGCAUCUACGUAUGAACCUAUGACCCACUGCGCCACUUUAGGAGAGUUUAUUUCUUGACUCUUUUUUUUUUUUUUUGUUGAUAUUUUUUUAAGAAACAAAAAGAUAUGGAUGUUAGAGACAAUUCAAAUCCAAAAAUUGCACAUCCUCACACUACAUAUACUGUCACAACCUGGAGUUUGUGCGUGAGUCUGGGACUCCAGCGGAGCGUCUGACAAAAGUGCUACCAACGGCAUCACCGUCUCACCACUUCUCCUCCGACACCUCGGGUCUCUCGGCCUUCGUCUCCUGACCCUCCCUUUCUGAACUGGACUAGUAAGACUGGAAAUCAUUUGAGGAGCUACAGCCUUUUGAGCGACCGGGAAAUCAAAGGCGAUAAUGUAUCACAGUAUGCAAGCGUAUGUAUGCUACUAUGAAAUGCAGUCAGCUGACAGAACAAGAUGACGUCCAAAGUGCUUUGUGCUAUUUGAGUGAACACAAGCGAGGAAAUUGCUUCCACUGGGAGAUUCCGACAGUUCUUCUUUGACAAAAAUGCUUCCUGGCUCUGAAUGAAAUGAUGUGACUUGACUUGGAUGAAAAAGAUCAAAGAGAUCAUUGUGAGCGGUGGACAGGCGGAGGUUCUGCUAUUGAUGAAUAUAGCUUUAUGUCUUACGAUGUUUUACGAAAUGGAUGCAUUAACUGUGCUAUACAUCAGCAAUGAAUCAGAGAGCCUAAAUUAAACAAGAAAAAACCAUGUUGACUCUUUACGUUCUUUCGGCAUUGAUGUUGUGGAUGACUUGUGAAAUGGUUUGUUUGAUGUGGGAACCACACCUCAAUUAUCUGCUCUUCAGGCGUACUACACUAUGGGAUGUAUCACUGGAUUAGUUGACGCGUCACCAGACAUAAUUCAGCUUGAUCACCAUCACCACCCAAAAACAUCAAACUGAGCUCGGUGCUGCUUUGUGUGAGUCCACUCGGCCCUCCCCGAGAGACUGUGGGCCUCAGCGGUGACGGGAAGUCAGACCCCAUCUGGCCCCUGGAGUGAAUUCACCGGGGAGACUGUGGCACCAGUUGAUCUGGAUCUGCAGUCGUGGGGUCUAAUGCUCCAAGAAACUUACAGCCUCUUGCAUCAGCGUUCACUUGUUUGGGAGGGAAAUUUUCGAAAUCCUGAAAA